GGCCGCCAUCGGGGGAUAGUACCAGCACUCAUCCAUCCAGUAUCCACAUGGGUUGCCUGCUUUUCUCUCCAUCGAACCUAGAUGAGAUGUGCUCGCUGCGUGCGCGCUUUCCUCUCAUGCCUCCUCCUCCCCUUCAUCCUCCUACGCCUACGCCUACUACACCACGCAACGCACUCACUCACUCACUCAUUCGCUCAUGCACUCAUGCACUCGAGCUCGCCAACUACCACAACAACCCCAGCCAGACCCGCUUGUCUCCUCACCAAUAAACCUUCAGAGCGCGCCAACGUCUUCUCCGAGGCAAACUGGCAACACUUUUUUUCUCCCCCUCAUAAACAAAGACUAUUGGCGGAAACCAAAGUAAUCUGAUCAGGGCUGAAGAUCAUUUAGACUGGUUACAUACGUUCGGUCGGUCGGGUCGUUGGUUUAGAUAUGCGAGAUCGGUAACGGAAUUCGGGAGAACCACUGUGUCGGGACGUAACUGGAACUGGAUGGGACGACGGCAACCGAGGGGGAAAAAACUCGAUCCCCAAAGAGAGUUUGAUUCUGGCCUCCUUCUUCUUCCCUGUCCUGCCAAACACUAUCAACGAAAUAAACGGCUCAAUAAACGAGCAAACAGGGCAAACAGACAAACGGAUACAUAGUCAGCUUACGGUGCGGGAACAUACAUAUAUACAGCUUCGGCUGUUCCCACUACCCAGGAUGACCCGACCCGGCUCGGCAGUUGCGUUUGCCUCCGCGAUCGCAACCCCGCA